CAUAAACUAUGGUUUCUAUAUCUGAAUUACUUUUAAUUUCUUAUAUUGAAAAAUGAUUGCAGAUUGAAUCAAAAGAUUGUACUGAGUAUUUUGUGUCUUGGAAAGGAGCAAUAUAUAGAUACUGCAAGUCAUGUUUUUGUUGUCUUUGCUUCAACUGCUAAUCAGGGAAUACAUUUAUUUCCAAGAAAGUUGACAAUAAGAAGAAAAAGAAACUUAAGAAGGUGGAAGAUAAGAUGCUUGGAUGGGGUGGUCGUGAUGAUGCAAAGUUGUCUAUUCCAGCUACUGUUGUUCUUCGUUAUAUGUUCAUGCCUACUGAAAUGAGGCAAAAUGCAUUGCUUGGAGUGGCUACAAAUGAUGAUGGAAAGCAAGUGGAGGAAGAUGCUAGAUAUCGACCAUGGGUGCAAUGUUGCCUGAAAUCUCAUUAUCUGGAUAAAUCUGAUAUUUGGGGAAGUCGACAGUAUCGAAUAUUUGGCACUAGAUUGGUGGUUAUUAGGAUAGAUACUCAUUGUCUUGUAUGUUGGUUGGAAAUUGUAUAGCAUGUUAGUUUUACCAUGUGAUUUAAGAUUUAUUGGUUUAAUUUUUCGAGUCUUUGUCUCCUGGGAGCUAUAAUAUAGUUUGAUGACAGUGUUGAAUGUUUUAAACUAAUUUGUGGAUUGUUAAUACAAUGUUGAAUGUUUUUUACUUUUU